AUGCCUACCAGUACUGCAGGUAGUGCACCCCAUCGCCAGGUAAUCGGCAACUACGAGCUGGGCUGCGUACUCGCGAUGGGCGAUUUCGACUGUCGCACGCGCCUCUGCAGGCACGUUACCACCGGGGUCCCCUAUGUGGUGCGCGUGUACGAUAAGCGCGUGCUGGCGGAGGCGCAGUGGAUGUGGAACCGUGUGGCGGAGUCAAUCCGGGUGCUCCGCACGUUGCCCAAAAACAAGCACGUGCUGGAGAUGGUCGAGUGCUUCGAGACAAGCACAUCUUUGUAUAUAUUGAUGCAUCUCUUUCAGUCCAUGAACGUCACCAAACUCUUCACCGACGCCGCGGCACGCGAACAGCUGCUGCGUCGCCUGCACACUAUGUCGCAAUCCCUCGCUCGCUCUUCUGCCGCUUCGACCUUGAAUGACCUACCCAUAAAGGAUUCCGAAAGGCCGGAGAGGGGAGCAUGUUACCGCGCGCCGAGCCGCUUGGGUGCCCUGCAAGCCGCCGAUAUGCCGAGCUUCACCAUACCCCAAGGGAUGGCCUGGAUUGCACCUUCCGCGACGAAGACACCCAAACGAGUAUCGUCGCUCCGGAUGGAGAAGAGCGUGUGGACCUCCAGCGCACCUGCAGCGGAGCCGCAGUUCUUGGGGCGUGGCGCCGAGGCGUCGGCAAAUGCGAACAAAGCCCCUCUCCAUGGCGGCGAAAAGCAAGGAAGUACGACCAGCACUGUCGCCUCGAUGGUGGACAGCGCCAGCACCUUACUGACAGCAGUGGCCGCUAUCAGCGCUCUCGAUGGCGCGGCGGUGCCAUCCCACGUGCCGCUGUCGCUCAUCCGCGCUCUCUUCGAGCAAGCCGUGAAGGGUGUGCUGCACCUCCACCAGCACAACGUGGCCCACACCGGCAUCGCUCCUGAUCACCUCCUGGUAGGACCCGAUGGCCUGCUGCGUAUCAGCAACAUCGUUUCGUGCUGCUUCUGUGCGCCAGGUGACCGUCUGCGCGAGCUCCGCGGCACGCGACACACCGUCGCUCCGGAGGUACUGCGAGGUGAGUCCUACGACCCCUACCUUGCCGAUGCCUGGGCUCUCGGUGUGGCCCUGUACUUCAUGCUGAAUCGUGGUCGCUACCCACACGACGGCGCUAGCACCCUUCGACACAUCCUCCACGGCCACAUGCGGCCCUCACGGCCUGGACUGCCGUCCGUCGCAUUGGACCUCGUCUCCCGCCUGCUGCAGGCCUCCCCAGAGGAGCGGCUUCCGGUUGAUGCCAUCCUCGUCCACCCCUUCUUCUCAGAGUCUUUGCCGACCAUUGCCGAAGAAGCAGCAGCAGAGGCGGCAAAGACGGCGGAGCUGCAGGCGCAGCACGGAUGCCGCAGUCUCACUACCGGCGCGGCUGCCCAUCGUGGGCACAGCGUCGUGAACUGCGGAGGCGACGGCAGCGAGAAUAUGGUUGGCGAAGACGUCGCUGUGGCCGGCGCCAACCGGCCAGCAACAGCAUCGCUGCACUGGGAAUCACUCGUGUCCUUUAGGAGUGGUGGCAGCAUCACUGGCGGAGAUGAGGUGGACAGUCCGUGGCUCAACGCUCACGACGGCGACGCAUUCUCGAGAAAAGACGGCUUGAGACGGAGCGGCAGAGGCACGGUCCGCUCGCCGCACGCCGGCCUUCCCAGGUACGGGGUCUCUGCUGCGCUGCUGUCUUCAUCGACGUCCACGGCGCGUGCGCAGCCGGUCGCGUCCUCCUUCGUGACCACGAGCCCGCACGACUCGGUCGGGGGGUCAAAGUUGGGGUCGCUUCACCCGCGCUGGCGCCCCGGGCUGGCGCCGACGUUGGAAGCUCUGAAAGACCUCGCAGCACGUGUAAUUCAAUAUCACUACCGCCAAGUGAGGCACCGCCAGCAAUACCGAGCCGAGACGCGUGCACUGGUAGCACGCAGUCAAGCCAUGAGCCGAGAAAAGGCAAAAGAAGAGGGCAGCGGUGGGCAACAAGGGGCCUUGUUGGGUCAAAGCCCCGCCGUCGUCGUCGUCACCACGCCACUGACUCUUGAAUCUGCAUCUUUCCCUGCAGACACGGCAACGCCGAAGCAGGACGAGCUGCUUCGCCGACAGCGCCAGCACCAGCAGCACCAUUUGACUCUGGUGCGAAAGGUGGCGGUAGCGCCGAAUGUGCCGCAAGGCGCGGCGGAUUCGCAAUCGACUGUCUCCGCCCGUCGCCGAGUUGCAGGCAACAGCGGCACGAAGACGGCUGGCUCCUUGAAGAACAAGUUGCUACCCUACCAGCACAAGUCCCGCACCGCCCCUCCAACCUUGACGAACCAGUUCACCCGUAUGAUGGAAGAAAAUGGUGUUGCUCUCUGCACCCACGCAGGCUCAUACGGCAGUUCCGACUGCGACGAUAACGACGACGAGUGCAGCUUGAUUAGCAACCUUGAUGCUGCGCAGCGUGCUAACGUAGUCCGGGGCACCGGCGCGGUGGGCCCAUCCGCCACCACUGCUGAAGCUAAUGGGACCGCCGCGCGAGGGUCGCUGAAGCUCCCUGUACCUCUUCGACUCAACCAGCGCAGGCCCGGCGGUAGCGUGGCAAACGCCAUUGUUGUAGCACCGCACCAGCCUCACCUCUCUUCCAACUCAAGCAUGCUGCCCACGCUGGCGUUGCCGCAUAGUUUGAGAAAUAGUGUCGGUCGCUCCCCCGACCGCGCACGCGUGGUGGAGGGGAUGACAGUAAAGGAUGCCGAAGCGUGUCCGCUGUGCCACCGCGAACCCUACAUGGUGCGCGCCAUCGGCAUUCGCCCAUACGCGGGCACCCCGUACGUCUACGCGGAUGGCAACUUUACGAAGAUGUUGUUGGUGUGA